GAUGAGCAAAAGGAAAACUCGUUUGCCAUCAAGAUGUGUCAUUUUUCUGAUGUGCUUAUGUUCCAUUCCGUCCUGUUCGUCGGCAACCAGCGGAUCUAACAUUGGUGAGACUUUUGCUGAAAUCGCGUGGAAUGUGAUCGGAGUCAUACGUCGCAUUCGUCACGGAUCGAACACCGCGGACGUUCGCCAGGAAGAAAACGAAUCCCAACUCGUUCUCAACGACCCCCGUUUUCUCUACGAAACUUUUUACAGAGAUGACGACAAAGAUGAAAAGGCCAGUCAUGGAGAAACAGAGCGCUCCAAUCGUCAUGGCAACAAUCCUUUGCUGCGGCUGUGGGACAUCCUUGAAAUUGAGUACAAUCUCCGACGACUCCGACGAGACGCACGGCUGUCCGUCACUGAUGGCCAAAAGGCAAUCGAUGAAUCUGCUGUUGCAGCAACACCAGCAACCGGCGAUGCGCCGUCCGUCCCCUCCGAGGAAGCCAAGAAGAUGGGAGGAGCCGACGGUGGAGGAUGCAACAUGGCCGACCAUAAGGACGGUUCCUCCACGGGCAUAUCCGGGGACUCCGCAUGCUCUGCCUCCAUCCAGCGGUCACCGCGGCAAGUUGCUGAAGAGCUGGAACCCUACGUGCCCUAUUUGGGCUUCAUCUUCUACUCGUUCCCCAUCUUCUCCUUCACGCUACCUUUCGGCGGCCAACUGAAGCUCUUUGGCUACGAUUUCAUUUAAUCGUGAAACGGCAAACGGUCGUAAAAAUGGGAGAGAAAAAAAAAUAUUCCAUACAUUUUAGAGAUCUCAGGGUUUUUAAAUGUUUGACGUCAUUGCGAUAGAUGCGCGUUGCGCAAAAAAAAAUGACCCUUCACUUUUUACGUGAAAUCUCUUCAUCAUCUCAGCUGGCCUCAACUUGUUUCAAUUUUCACAUUUUUUUUAUUUGUUUUUGUUGUUCUUGUGUUUCUUUUUCCCCUCCUGGUUGGCUUCAAUAAAAAUGCGACGAUUACCUAACGUAAACUUUUUUUUCGAGUCUGUCUUUUACCACCUGCCAUAAAACAAUUUGUUGCUAUCGCCUUCCACAGGAUUUUGCCGUCUGCGUUUAGU